AUGCUCACCUCUAUCUCACUGACACCCGCAACACCUCCUCCAUACCGACCUGACGAACCUAUUCUCUCUGUCCUAUACCGGGACUACAAGGAUUUUACCUUCCGCCAAACUGAUUACAACAUAUUAUCAUGGCUGAUGAUCCCGAAUAUUACCUUUGAAUUAUACGGCGAGAAGGAGGGUGGAAAGCUUCUUGAAGCUUACCAUGAGCAAUUCAAAGCUGAAGUGGCGCUUCGACGGGUCUCUAGCCCCACAUUCAUAAAACAAGAAGAUGGAGAGCCGCCAAAGCAGGCCGAGGUGCAAGAGCUCGUCGACAGGAUCGUAGCACGGGCAGAGAUGGAGCUCAAGUUAUAUCGCCAGGUGCAGAAUUGGAUUGCCUUUGAGAUUUUGUAA